AUGUACUCGUUUCCCACCGGCCAGCCGGGCCAGCAGCAGCAGUAUGGCGGCCAGCAACAACAGCAGUAUCCAGGCUUCCAGCAGCCGCAACAGCAGCAGCAACACCAGCCUGGACCUUUCAUGCCUCAACCUACCGGCUAUGGAAUGCCCCAGCUCCAACCUCAGGCCACCGGUUUCCCUGGCGCCUUGCAGCAGCCGCAGCCGCAGCAGCACCAGCAGCAGGCUCCCCCUUUCCAGUCCUCCCUCCAACCGCCGCAGAUGACAGGCUAUCCUACCCAGCAGAACUCGAGUUUACAAGUGCCGCAGCCCACCAGCCAGGCUCCCCAGCCUACGGGCCAUACGUCGUCGCAAAUGGCGCAGUCGUUUCAAAAUAUCCCCGGGCAGGCUCCCGCGGCUCCUGCGAGGAGUGCGCAUGCUGGGUCAAAGAUACCGCCGAUGCGUUUGUCGUUUAUAACGGUGCAGGAUCAGGCCAAGUUUGAGCAGCUGUUUAAGUCCGCUGUUGGAGAUUCGCAGUCAUUAGAUGGUGAGUUAGAAUGCUGUGGAAGUGCUAUGCUUAGGGUACUCUCAGAUACUACCAAGUCCGGCCGUCUUAUGUUUCCCGAGUUUGCGCUGGCCAUGUACCUGUGCAACCUCCGAAUAACAGGUCGCGAUUUACCCGCUACACUACCCGAUCGUAUCAAGAACGAAGUCUCAAGCAUGGUCGACAUCAUCUCCUUUGCUGUGCCUGAUGAUCACCCACCACAGGCGCCCCGAUCAAACGCCCCCAACUUUGACCAGCCAUUGAUGCAGAAUACCUCCGCUCCUCCUGCGCCGCAACAGCCACAGCCCCAGCAACCCUCUAACUCACAGCUUCUCUCACAAUUAACUGCCCAACCAACAGGUUUCUAUAACCAGGCUACCGGCUUUCAACCACCCAGUGCUAUGCAGCCCCAGCCAACAGGGUUCCCAGGUGGUCUACGACCCCAAGUCACUGGCAUGCCGCAAAACCCCCAAGCCACAGGAUACUCAGGUCCCCGGCCACCAAUGCCACCCAUGCCAGCUUCAUUCACCGCUGGACUAACCCCUGGUCAUACCGGUGGUGCUGCCCCAUUAACCGCCCAACCGACAGGGAUGCCUGGCCAGUGGGGAUUUGUCAAUGCACCAGCCACAGGAUUACCUAACAUUGAAGCACUCCAGCAGAGACUCAUGCCACAGGCCGGAAGGGAAACCGGUACAUUUACCACUGCCGGACUCUCUGGAAAUGCUACUAUUCCAUGGGCCGUCACCAAGGACGAGAAGAAAAUCUAUGAUGAGCUUUUCCGUGCCUGGGAUGGUCUAGGAAAGGGUUUCAUUGGUGGAGAUGUUGCCAUUGAGAUUAUGGGCCAGAGUGGAUUGGAACGUCAACACCUAGAACAGAUUUGGACCCUUUCCGAUCCCAAUAACAGAGGCCGUCUAAAUAAGGAUGAAUUUGCCGUGGCCAUGCAUCUUAUUUACAGGAAACUUAAUGGCUAUCCUAUUCCAAACAGACUUCCUCCGGAGCUUGUGCCGCCAUCAACUCGGAAUCUUAACGAUUCCAUUGGGGCUGUCAAGUCGAUGCUUUCCCAGGAUGCAGAGGCUAGGAAAUCCUCUGGUGCAUUCUUGCAGCCCCAGAAGACUGGUGUUAGUUACUUAAAGACUCAUUCCUUUAAUAAUUCCGGACCUGGUGGUGCUGGCUAUCCAAGGAAGGACGCCACUGUCUUCAAGAACAACGAUGAUGCCGUUGGAUACAAGUCAAGUGCUCGUCGUCGCAUUGGCGCCGGCCGGACUCCCUCGCCGGCUACUUCCAUGCAGUCAGAGAAAUCUGACGAUGACUUGUCCGUCGAGCAACUGAAGAAGAAAAUCCGAGAAACCAAGAUCAUGCUUGAUGCUACGGAUUUCAGAGACGAGAGCCAUGCCGAGGAAGAGCAAGCUAUGGAUCGCAGGGACAAGAGGGAGGCAGAGUCUCUCAUGGACAGAAUUCGCCGAGUUCAAGAUGACAUCGAUACCGAUCCAAAGGCCUCGCUUAGAAAUCUGGAUUCUAGUGCUGAGCGUCGUAGCAUGCGCCGCCAGCUGCAGGCUUAUCAGGACCAACUUCCCGAGCUGGCCUCCAAUGUACGCAAGACUGAACGAGCUAUUGCUGACUGCAGGCUUGAACUUUUCAGGCUGAAGGAUGCAAAAGAACAUCCAGGAAGUGCAUUGGAAAUCAUUGGCACUGGUCCAGGCGGUGCGAUCACUGAGAGCGAUCGUAUCAAGGCCCGUGCUCGUGCAAGGAUGCAAGCCAGAGCUGCUGAGCUGGCUGGCCGACCUGCCCCUGCUGCUGCAGAUGAGGGUGCUGCAGCUCGCAGAUUGGAAGAGGAAAGAAGCAAGAUUAACUCUGAACGUGAGCGUAACGAUGCCAUGACUAGGGAUGUGGAGGAGAGCGUCAAGGAGUUUUCUGCCAGUCUGGAGGAUAGUCUUAAGGGUGACAAUGAGAAUUCUACUCGUGAACAUGAGCGACGGCGUUGGGAGGAAGCCCUCGGGGUUGAAGAUCAGAUUAGAGACCUCAUAUAUGACCUUCAGCGAAAUCGUAAGACGGCGAAGAUCAGAAAAGAGGAGGAGAGAGAGAGAGCGAGCCGUGAAGCUUCUAGUGCAAACCAAUAUGGAAGCCAGCCUGAGAUCCAAUCCAGACCAAGUCCUGAGCCUCGCUCUUCAUCUCAGUCGCCAUCUCUUGUCGGAACAACGCAUGAGCAAAGAGUGGCUGCUGCCAGAGAGCGAGCUCAGCGACGUAUUGCUGAACGGAUGGCCGCAGCUGGUCUCAAGCCAGCUGAUGCCGGAGAAUCUUUCAUGGAACGACAAGAACGUGAGAAGCGAGAAAGGGAAGAAAGACGCCUACGCGCCGAGGAAGAGGAUGCUAAGCGGGAGCAAGAGAGACAGCGGAGGCUGGAGAGUGAGCAGGCCCCUGCUCCUCCACCAGCAAAAGCUGGACCAAAGAAAGCUCCACCACCUCCUCCAUCUCGCAAAGCCAGAUCGGAUUCUGCAGAGCAGAAUGAGACGAAGAAGGCCGAGGAGGAAGCCCUUGCUAUCAGAGCUAAGGAAGAGCAGGAAGCCGCUCUUAGACAGGAACAACAGGCUCAGGAGGCUGAGACGGAACAACUAAAGGACGAGACUAGGAGACAAGAGGAAGAACUUGCUCGUGAGAAAGAAGCCGCUCAGGCUCGACUCAAGGCUUUGGAAGAGCAGGUCCGCCAAGGCAAGAUCAAGAAACAGGAGCAGAAACGCCGCAAGCAGCAGGCAGAACAAGAAGCCAGGGAGAAGGAAGCUAAGCUUGCCGCUCAGAGAGCUGAGUUGGAAGCUGCUCAAGAACGCGAGCGUGAAUUGCAACGACAGCUUGAGAGCCUUGGAGAUGAGGAAUCCUCUUCAGACGAUGAAGGUCCUGGAUUCGUUACCCCUGAGGAUACCGCCACGCCUACCCAAAGCCAAGUCAUAGAAGAGCCAAAGGCUACAAUCCCUUCGCCUGCUCUACCAGAACCAGUAGCACGGCCACCACCAGCUCGUCAUAUCCCUGAAAUCAUAACAGAGGAAGAUGGCACGCAGGUAUUCCGCCCUCAAUCCCCUGAGCCUAUUAUCCAUCCAGUCAUGAGCAAGCCCAUCGUUCCUGAAACCGAGUCAAGGAACCCUUACUUCCGUCAACUCAGCCAGUCGUCCUCUGAGCCCGCAGCUGCAGAGACACCGGCACCAGCACCGGCACCAGAAACCCAGUCAACCAACCCAUUCCACCGCCUUGCCCAAGACAACGCCAAAUCCGCCUUCUCGGUGGGAACCGCGGCCCUUCCCGGUCCACUCGAGCGUAAGUCUCGAGCUCGUCCUGAAGAAGAUGAUGAUUGGUCCGUCGCUGAGUCCGAGAACUCAUCUGACGACGACGACCGUGCUGCUGGCGGCAGCGCUAAGCAACUAGCCAGCAUCCUCUUCGGAACCAUGGCUCCUCCACGCCCUCUAAGUGCAAUGGAUGAGCCUCAAGAUUCGAAGGCUGCCACUCCACAACCAACCCAUAGCCCAAUUCCUCCUCCCUCGGCACCCCCAAUGCCCGCUUCCCCUAUCCCAACGGAGCAGAAAGACGAAGAACCAUUCCAAGAAGCACAAGAAACUCCAUCUAUGCCUCCUCCCGCACCUCCGCUCCCUGAUAUGGCUGCUCCAUCUGCUCCUCCGCCCCCUCCACCACCUCCGCCAGGCGGUGCUCCACCCCCACCGCCUCCUCCACCUCCUCCAGGCCCUGCCCCUGGUGGCGGACCUGGUGGCCCCAUGGGUAUGGGACGAGGUGCAUUGCUAGGAGACAUCCAAGCAGGAAAGGCUUUGAAGAAAGUCGUCACCAAGGACCGAAGCACGGCAAUGUCGGCUGGCCGUGUGUUGUAA